UCGCCUCUGGCCGGGCCGAGCCGAGCGAGGAGCGGGACACGAGCGGGGACCAUGAGGGGGCUCGGGGCCGUCGCGGUUUUGGGGGCGCUCCUGCUCCUGGCUGAGGCUCAGCGGCGAGCGCCGGGCCGGGGCCGGAGCCGCGGGCAGAGCCCGGCGUGGAGCGGGCGGCCGGCGCCGUUCGGCACCUGGGACACGGCGCUGUACCCGCCCUGGCAGCGCGGCGGCCGCGACUGCUGGCGAGGUGGCGAUGUCACCUUCGACAUCAGCAACGACGCGCCGACGCUGGCGGGCGCCCAGGCCACGUUCUCCAUCGCCCUGCGCCUGCCGGGCACCCAGCGGGCGCUGCCCGACGGCCGCGUGGUCUGGGGGCAGAACUGCACCGUCAACGGCACGCAGGUGGCCCAAGGGGACCCGGUGUUCCCGGAGCAGCCGGACGCCACCGGCACCUUCCCGGACGGGACCCCCCUGCCCCGGGGCCGGCGGGGAAAGUUCGUCUACGUCUGGUGGACGUGGGGGCGGUACUGGCAGGUGCUGGACGGGCCGCGGUCCCAGCUCACGGUGGACACGCAGGGGGUGCCGCUCGGCUCCUACACCAUGGAGGUCACCGUGUACCACGCCCGGGGCCGGCAGAAGUUCGUCCCCAUCGGCCACGGCAGCAGCCAGUUCAGUGUCACCGACCAGGUGCCACUCUCGGUGGCGGUGUCGCAGCUGCAGGACGCGGCGCUGGCCGUGCCCGGGGACGGUCGCUUCGUGCGGAACCGCGCGGUGGCGUUCGCGGUGCGGCUGCACGACCCGAGCCGGUACCUGCGCCGCGCCGACGUCUCCUUCUCGUGGGACUUCGGCGACCAGAGCGGGACCCUCAUCACCCGCAGCGCCACUGUCACCCACACCUAUCGCGACAUCGGCACCUUCUCGGCCCGCCUGGUGCUCCAGGCUGCCAUCCCGCUCAGCCCCUGCGGGCCCAGCACGGCCCCCGCGGCCACCACCGGCAGCGGCACCGAGCCCGCGGCCACCACCGGGAGCGGCACCGAGCCCGCGGCCACCACCGGGAGCGGCACCGAGCCCGCGGCCAGCACCGCCACCCCCGCCGCGGGGGGACAGAGCACGGCGGCGGCGGCCAGCGCGGCCCCCGCAGCCUCCGGGGAGCCGGCGGAGCCCACGGGGGGCUCGGCAGCGGAGCCCUCUGUCCCCGCUGUCACCGAGCCCUCUGUCCCCGCUGUCACCGAUCCCGCCGCCUCCGCGGCCGCCGCCACCGAGCUCUCGGUCCCCUCCGUCACCUCCAGCACCGCGCCUGUCGCCUCCUCCGCGUCCCCCGCUGCCGCCACCGCGGCCGGGGCCGCCUCUGUCCCCUCUGUCCCCGCGCUGGAAGCGACAGCGGCUGCAGGUGCGGCGACAGCCGGAGGCGCGGGUGACGUCACAGCUGCGGCCACAGCUGGAUCGGCCACAGCUGGAUCGGCCACAGCUGGAUCCGCCCUGGAUGCCACCGCUGCGGCCACGCUCGCUGUCACCGCAGAUGCCACCAUAGAAGCCACCGUGGGAGCCAGCGCUGCGUCCCUGGCCGCUGCCACAGCUGGAGCCACAUCUGGCCCCACAUCUGGCACCACAGCCCAGCCCCUGGCGCUGGUCAAGCGCCAGGCCCCGGUGGAGGACGUGCCCGGCUGUGUCCUGUACCGCUACGGCACCUUCGCCACCCAGCUGGACAUCGUCCAGGGCAUCGAGAGCGUGGCCAUUGUGCAGGUGGUGCCCGAGGGCGGCGGCGGCAGCAGCGUGGAGCUGACGGUGACGUGCGAGGGCGGGGUGCCCUCGGAGGUGUGCACGGUGGUGGCGGACGCCGAUUGUCGCACGGCCGAGGCGGAGUCGUGCUCGCCGGUGUCGCCGUCGCCGCCGGGCUGCGAGCUCGUGCUGCGCCAGGACUUCAACCGCAGCGGCCUCUUCUGCCUCAACGUGUCCCUGGCCAACGGCAACGGGCUGGCCGUGGCCACCACGCGCGUGGCCGUGGGAGGAGCCGCCCCGGCCGGCGGUCACACCACGCUGUUCGUGGGGCUCGUGCUGGUGGCGGCUGUCCUGGGCACGGCCGCGUACGCCUACAGACGAGUCAAGUCCCCGUUGCUGUCCCCGGUGUCCCCUCCCGGCCGGGCCCGGCCGUGGCUGUCCCCAAACGUCACCGCGGCGCGGCGGCUGCUGCAGCGCGCCCUGGGCGCGGCGCCGAGCGGCGAGAGCAGCCCCCUCCUCCGGGCCCGCUCGCUCUAGGGACCCCCGCCCCAAAACCCACCCCACAAACCCCCCCGGAGCUGGGGACACGGUUGGGGACACGCGUGGUGGCCUUGGUGGCACCGGGAUUAAAGC